CGGGGAGAGGCGAGCGGCGGGACUCCGGCACCGCCAGUGCGCGCUGCCAGCCCGGCAGCCAACUUCCCGGCUGGAGUUAGUGUAUAAAGGAUACCAUAUAUGCACACACACAUACCCACACCUCUCCAGCAAGGCGCUCCUCCUCCGCCUCCUCCCUCGACCAACUGCUGGAAUUAAAAUAAAAAGCAAAACAAACACCAAAAAAAAAAAAAUCCAACAACCAACAAUCAACCAACCAACCAACAAACCAACAACCAAAACAACAAACCGAGCGAGAGAGCGAGAGAGCGGGAGAGGGAGAGAAACAAUUCGCGAGGUAACGAGAAAUUUCAACUUUUUUCUCUUUUUUUUUUUUUUUUGGGUCUUUUUUUUUUUUUUUUUUUUCUAACCGCCUAAAGGAAAGGUAGAGAGAGAGGAAAACAAAAUGUCUUAUCCAGAGCGUGACUCUCGCAAGAAGGCUCCGGCGGGACUCUUGUUUCAAAGGGGACAAAGUGCUCCAGCACCAGCACAACUUUGAGAAAUGCAUCAUCACCACCAUCACCACCAUCAUCAUCACAGGAAGUUUUCUUAGGACACCAACAACAAAACUUGCGAAUAAAAGAGCAAAAGGAGAUCGAGGAGCCGAGGAGAGCGAGAAAGACGCGGAGAGAGAAAGAGACAGAGGGGAAAGGAAAAAAAAAAAAAAGGAAAAUAUACCCACACACAAAGCCUUAAAGGAAGAAGAAAAGGAAAAGUUUCGCCCUGAGAGGGGAAGGCUGAGAGGUGGAGAUGUACUCCUAGGGGAGCCGAGGGGAGAAGGCACGGGGGCUUUUUGAUCCCCCCCCCCCCUUCUUUUUCGCUUUUUAGCCUUUGUUUGGUUUCCUCCCUGCGAGCUGCAAACUCGGGCGAGAAGGCGGCGGAGGAAAAAUAGAUGUACAGCUAAAUAUUUCUCCUUGUUUUUGGAAAAAGACGGAAAAAAAAAAGAAGACGACGAGAAAAGCGAUUUAAAGAAAAAAAAAAAACAAAAAACAAAAAACAAAACAAAAAGGAGAAGGAAAGCGAGGCGAAGCGAGAGCCGGCGGCUGCAAGGGCCGCGGAGCCGCGGAGCGGAGCCAGGACGGCGGGCGGACGGGCGGAGGACUGCGCGCCGCGGAGCGCUAGCAGGUGAACCCCGCGCCCCGGCGCCCCGGCGAGGCUGGGAAGGCGGCGGCGGCGGCGGCGGCGCGGGCGGCGGCCCCGGCAGCGCCGGGCAAGGGCGCUCGCGGCGGGCGCCCGGCAGCCGGCGGCGGCGGCGCGGCGGCGGCGCGGCGGGGGCGAGCGGCGGGCGGCGGGCGCGGGAUGGCCGCGGCCACCUCUAACCCCUACCUCCCCGGCAACGGCAUCCUGGCGGCCGGCUCCAUCGUCCACGCGGACUCGGGCGGCGGCGGCGGCGGCGGCGGCGGCGGCAUGCAGCCGGGCAGCGUGGCCGUCACCUCGGUGGCGGGCGGGUACCGCGGCGACCCGGCGGCCAAGAUGGUCCAGAGCGACUUCAUGCCGGGCGCCAUGGCCGCCAGCAACGGCGGCCAUAUGCUGAGCCAUGCCCACCAGUGGGUGACAGCCCUGCCCCACGCCGCCGCCGCCGCCGCCGCCGCUGCCGCCGCCGCCGCCGAAGCGGGCUCGCCCUGGUCCGGCAGCCCCGUGGGCAUGACGGGCAGCCCCCAGCAGCCGCCGCCGCCGCCCGACGUCAAGGGCAGCGGCGGGCGCGACGACCUGCACUCGGGCGCGGCGCUGCACCACCGGCCGCCCCACCUGGGCCCCCCGCACCAGGGGCACCCGGCGGCCUGGGGCGCGGCGGCGGCCGCCCACCUGCCCUCCAUGGCCGGCGGGCAGCAGCAGCAGCAGUCGCUCCUCUACUCGCAGCCCGGGGGCUUCACGGUGAACGGCAUGCUGAGCCCCCCCCCCGGCGGGCAGAGCCUGGUGCACCCGGGGCUGGUGCGCGGCGAGACGCCGGAGCUAGGCGAGCACCCCGGGCACCACCACCACCAUCACCACCAGCACCCCGGCCACCACCCGCCGCACCACGGCGGCGUCAACAGCCACGACCCGCACUCGGACGAGGACACGCCGACCUCGGACGACCUGGAGCAGUUCGCCAAGCAGUUCAAGCAGCGGCGGAUUAAGCUGGGCUUCACCCAGGCCGACGUGGGGCUGGCGCUGGGCACCCUCUACGGCAACGUCUUCUCGCAGACCACCAUCUGCCGCUUCGAGGCCCUGCAGCUCAGCUUCAAGAACAUGUGCAAGCUGAAGCCUUUGUUGAACAAGUGGCUGGAGGAAGCCGACUCCUCCACGGGCAGCCCCACCAGCAUCGACAAGAUCGCCGCCCAGGGCAGGAAGAGGAAGAAGAGGACCUCCAUCGAGGUGAGUGUCAAGGGGGCCUUGGAGAGCCACUUUCUGAAAUGCCCCAAGCCCUCCGCCCAGGAGAUUACGAACCUAGCGGACAGCCUGCAGCUGGAGAAGGAGGUGGUCAGGGUUUGGUUUUGCAAUCGGAGGCAGAAAGAGAAACGGAUGACCCCCCCGGGGAUCCAGCAGCAGACCCCCGAUGAUGUCUACUCCCAGGUCGGCACCGUCAACUCCGACACGCCGCCUCCUCACCACGGACUGCAGGCCAGCGUGCAGUGAGGGGCACCGACGGGCGGGCCGGGGGGCGAGGGGGCCGGGACGGGCACAGCCACCGCCACCGGCGCGCACAGCCGCCCGCUCACCCGGACACACUCACACACACGCACACACACACACAAACACACACACACACACGAUCCAGGCUCGUUCAGACUGCUUGUGUUUAUAUAUAUAUGGAUAGACGCGUGCAUCUAUAUCUAUAUAUAUAUAUAAGAUCGAUACCGAUAGGGAGCGGUGGAGAAGGGUCGAUCCGAGCGAGAGCGUUCAGACCGCGUUGGGAAAGCGGGGUGGAGAAGCGUAAUGCACCAAAACUGCAGCUGUGCCCGGGGGGGUGGCUGUGGGGAGAGGGCUUAGGCGGGUGGGCUCAAGCUUCUUUUUUAAUUUUAUUUUUUAAUUAUUAUUAUUUUUAUUUGUAUUUUCACUCUCCAAAUUAGCCCCCUCUCGCAGCAAGGAGCACCACUGGUGUCUGCGCCUCUUCUCUCCCCUCCUCCCCCCCCCCCCGCACUCUCCCCCCUAUCCCCAAAAGGGCUCUCUUCUAUGAAUCACGGAAACUUUUUUUCUCCUUUCUCUCUCCUUCCUUUUUUUUUUUCCCCUUUUCUUUCCUUUUUUAAUUUUUUUUCUCUCCCUUUUUUUUUUUUUUUUUUUUCCGAAUGGGAGCAAUCAAAAAAGAAAAAUAGGGAAGCAGAAGCAAAAUAAUCUGGUUAAUCAGAGGGUGCCUGCUGCAUUCCAGCACCCUGUUUUUCUUGGCCAAACCGUAGGAUUUUGGUGCAAGGCAGACAUCCACUCUGAAAACAUAUAUAUCUAUAUAUCUAUAUAUUCUGCAAAAUGAAAGGGGCCACUUUUUCCAGGAAAAAAAGAAAAAAAAAAAAAAAAGGAAAAGAAAAUAUGCACACAGCACUAAAAACAAGCAGACUGCAUAGGGAAGCAAAUACAUAUAUAUAUAUUUAUCUAUAUAUAUAGGUAUAGCUAUAGAACAAAAAAAUAUGGAAAUAAACGCCCUCAUGCCGAAAAACUGACCCUGAGGAGAAAAGGGGGGGAGGGACGGACGCCGGGGGGAGGGUGGGAGAAGGAGAGGUUGUUGGUCCCUAAAGUUCGAGCUCUGUAGAAGGACUUUGCAUGAAUUAAGGGAACCAGCGAGAGAAAGGGAAAUAAUUUAGGGCUGUCAAAGUCCUGCUCCUGACGGCUGCCAAUCAUCAUGGAAGAGUCAUAAAAAAAAAAAAAAAAUCCACUGCUAAUAUUUUUUUUAUUAAUAUUUUUAUUUUUUAUUUCUGGACUGAUUCAGAUAAAGGGAUUUAGAAGGACUGAGCAUCUGCAGCUGCACUUAUCUGAACUUCUCCUCUCCUAAAUCCGUUGCCAACUUUGAUUGAAUGGGUGCUGUGGAUGUGAUUAUAUAAUACUGCCAUUUCCAAGCAGUGUUUUUGGUAGGUUUUAAUAAACAGACUUUUCAAAAAGACGGCAAUAUAGAAUUGUUAGAUCCGUUGUUGAUCUAAAAAAAGAAAAAAAAAAAAAAUUUGCUUUAUAUUUUCAUUAAAUGACUUCUUUUAAUAUUUUAUUCAGAAUACCUAUGAACUGCUGCAAAACGGUAAUUUAUUUUUUCCCCAGAUCUUGUAUUACGUGUUUUUUUCAGACGAGCACAAAUCAAAAUGAAAUGAAAAUAUGGACAGUUGUUAGGUAAUAAGGGUAUCUUUUGAUGUGAUAAUUUGAUUGUAAUUUAAUUUGAGUAGUGAUUCCGUAAGAGCUGAUUGAGAAAAUAAAUUUGUUAGAAUGAAA